UCCGGUUAUUAACCUGUCCCACACCCCCCCCCCCCAAGCGGCCACGUUUGUUAAGGGAAGAGGACCAAAGGAUAGUGACAGCUUUGGGCUGGGUGCCUGAUGCUCGCCGGCCAAAACGACCGUGCGUUAUGGAGGAUCCUGCGCCGGCCUCGCGCGCGGCCGCCCUUCCAGCCGAGGGCAGGUGCGGCUACUUCGUGGAGAAGAAGCGGCGCUUCUGCAGGAUGGUGGCUGCCGCGGGCAGGAGGUUCUGCGGCGAACACGCUGGAGCCGCGGAGGAAGAAAAUGCUCGGAAAAGAAUCUUGUGUCCUUUAGAUCCAAAACACACUGUAUAUGAAGACCAACUAGCAAAACAUUUAAAAAAAUGUAACUCAAGAGAGAAGCCAAAACCUGAUUUCUUUAUUCAAGACAUAAAUGCAGGAUUAAAGGAUGAAAUGGAAAUUCCUGAACAGUUAGUUCCAUUUUCUUCUCUAUCUGAAGAGCAGUUGGAAAACUUAAUUAAGAAAUUGAGAAAGGCAAGUGAAGGCUUGAACUCUACACUUGAAGAUCACAUUAUGUCCCAUCCAGCAUUAAAUGAUGCCCUUAAUGACCCUAAAAAUGGUGAUUGUGCCAUCAAGCACCUAAAACAACAGGCUUCUAUUUUAGGUAACAUUGAAAAAUUAAAGUUACUUGGUCCAAGAAGAUGCUUUGUUGAGUUUGGAGCGGGAAAGGGGAAAUUAUCUCAUUGGGUUGAUAUUGCCUUAAAAGAUGCUGAAAACGUUCACUUCCUCCUGGUAGAAAAAGUGACCACAAGAUUCAAGGUAGAUGGUAAGCACAGAAAAAACAACUCAGUGUUUGAAAGACUUCAAAUUGAUAUUCAACACUUGUGUUUGAACAGGAUCCCUGUGCUACAAGAAGGAAGACUGCCUGUGGUAGGAAUUGGGAAGCAUCUGUGUGGGGUCGCGACAGAUCUUGCAUUACGAUGUUUGGUUGAAACCUAUGCUGCCAGUUUUGAAGAAAGGAAUGAAGAACCAUUAGCCAAACGUGUAAAGAAUGAUAAAACAGAAAAAGAAAGUAACAUUCCGUCCGAGGAAGGAAAUGAGAAAAAUAUCCAAGAGAUGUGGACCCCUGUGGCUGGUGUUGUCAUUGCACUCUGUUGUCACCACAGGUGUGAUUGGAGACAUUAUGUGGGCAAAGAGUAUUUCAAGGCUCUAGGCCUUGGGGCAGUGGACUUCUACUAUUUCCAGAGAAUGAGUAGUUGGGCAACAUGUGGAAUGAGAAGGACAUCUUUGGAAGCUUCAGAUAUUACUACAAAGAGAAAAGAUGACCAGAAUUAUGACAAUGAAGAGCACGAUGAUGGGGGAGAUAGACUCACAGAUGGCAGCACUGACGGUAUGCCCGGGAUUCUUACUGCUGAAGAGAAAAAGAACAUAGGACAUCUUUGCAAAUUGCUGAUUGACCAAGGCCGACUCCAGUAUUUACAACAGAAAGGCUUCAAUCCUGCCUUACAAUACUAUACAGACCCAUCGGUGUCUCUGGAAAACGUGUUAUUAACUGCUAUACCAGCUCAUCUUUCAUUACAGGAAGCAACUCAUAAAUGAAAAAGGAACAUGAACAUCAGUUGUCUUCUGCAAACAAAAAAAUUUCAUUCUUUUUAAGUUAUAUUUUUAUAUUCACAAAAAUAUUGAUAUCAGGAUUUUUGUUUUGUUUGUUUUUACUUCCAAAGUCCAAACAGACAAUUGACCAUGUCCUCCAAGUAUUCCUUUCAGCAGGGCUCUUAGAAUUACUUUAUCCAUCAGAAUGUAUAGAGAUUGGCAGAGCCAGACCGUUGACUUGGUCAUCUGAAACACAUAUAAUACAUCAACAUAUAAUUACAGUAUAAACUCUGUAUUAAUCUGUAAUUUUUAUCUUUGGUUUUAUUUGAUGUACUUUAUUUUUUGAGUUUCAGUUGUAAUAACCAAUGCCAGUUAGUAGCAAGAAUCAAUCUGAGUGGGGGAUAUUUUCAAAUUGUUGCUUUUUUCUUGUUAUACUGUUAAUGUCAAAUAUUGUUAACAUAUAUUGAUUACUUUAAGCUAGUUACUCAGAUUCCCCAACCAAGGGAACAUAAAUGAAGAUAACUCAUUGUUUAAGAAAUAUCCUUGCCAGGUGGUAGUGUCACCUUCCUUUAAUCCCAGUACUUGUGAGGCAGAGGCAGGUGGAUCUUUGUGAGUUGGAGGCUAGCCUGGUCUACAGAGUGAAUUCCAGAACAGCCAGGACUGUUACACAGAGAAACCCUAUCUCAAAAACCAAAAUGAGGAAUUAUCAUGAUGUCAUGAAUGUUAUUUGUAUCACAAAACUUGUGUAUCAUUAAAAAUUUAUGUCCAGAACUGGAAAGAUGGCUCAGUGGUAAAGAGCACUGGCUGCUCUUCAGAGGUCCUAAGUUUAACCUCAUGGUGGCUCACAACCAUCUGUAGUGGGAUCUGAUGCCCUUUUCUGUCGUAAAAUUAUACAUGCAGAUAGAUCACUCAUAUACAUAAAAUAAGUCUUUAAAAAAAAUCUGUGUCCAUAAAUUAAAAGUAUACUACAGAGGGUAUAUUCUUGGUUGUGUUUCAAAAGACAGACAGCACACCCCAGAAUUAUACUGAUACAGUACUAUGAGCCACUUAGUUCAGUUACAUGUUCUGAUAAUGGUUCUGAGUACAUUAUGGGGAAAUACAUUUGUUCUUCAGGUGCUAAUCUUAAAUCAAAAACAAUUUUCCAACCUUGGUUUUUUUUUUCUUGCCUCACAUAAGAAUGUGAGCUAGCAUGUGCAUUACUUGAGUUUCAGACUUUUUAUGCCUAUCAGGCUCCCUUGAAUUUCACAUCCACAGUUACUGCAUCAUACAUGUUUCACAGGUACAUCACAUUCACUGCUAGCAUUGCAGCAUCCUCAGUCUCUCCCUCAUGCUGCCUAUCUAACCAGAUUGGGUACCUCAUUUCCCAGUGGAGUAUUACUGUUCAGUCAUCCCAGAUGGAAACAGAUUCAUCCUAAACACUGUUUUCCAUGAUUAUCCAUUCUGUCUCCUGCUUGACUUUGAUACUUCAUCCUCUCUUUCCCAACACUAGGUCACAAAGGGUUUUGAACUUUGUUGCUGGCUAUUUCUCCAGCUUGUUCAUACCACUGCUUCUGUGACCCACAGUAGCACCAAAGACCCCUCUGGAGUGAACGUUCCUAAGCAGUCUCUGGGUACUGGGAAGGGUCCCCUGGAGGAAUGGCAGUACUGUUCUCUCUGGUUACACUCCUUUUCAAAUAACUGUUACAUGGAGUGAGUUAACAUCUGCUCUUUACUUUUGUAGUAAUUACAAAGCCAGGCUCUCUGUUUCUAUGCUAUUAUUUCACUGCUUUUACUAACAAGAUGGUGCUCUUUGCCUUAUUCCUCUUACUUUGCUUUAAUUUUAAAACCUUUUCCUUGAUUAUAGAAAGCUUUAAUUAUAAAUUAUGAGAUGAAAUGGUGUCAUUUGUAUAUUAUGCCUCAGAUUCUAACUGUUGAAUAAAGUCCAUGUUCUCAAUA